AUGUCCGAAAAUCUGAAGCAUACUCUCGAUCAUACAGCGUCUCAGGAAUCGCUAGAGAGACUCGCAAAGGUUGCGAGAAUCGAGGAAAUCAGUGACGAAGAAGCAGAGGAAGAACAAGGAUUGGAGUCGGAGCUAUUAUCGAUGAACCCUAGAGUGCAGCGGUACUUGGUAGCCAUCGAGUAUAUCGGAACGCGUUUCUCCGGUUCACAACAGCAGCCCACGUACCGCACCGUCGUCGGUGUGUUACAGGACGCGUUUCACAAGUUUAUUGGCCAGCCAGUUAAGAUCUUCUGCUCAAGUCGAACGGAUGCAGGAGUGCAUGCACUAUCAAAUGUUUGCCAUGUAGAUGUGGAACGCAUCAGUAAAAGAAAGCCCGGUGAAGUGUUACCACCUCAUGAACCUGCUGUGGUCCAGAAAGCUGUGAACCAUUUUUUACAGAAAAAUGAGGGGGAUGUUAUGGUGAUUGAUGUUCGGUCUGUCCCAAGUACUUAUCAUGCCAGAUAUAAGGCCCGGGAGCGCACAUACUUCUACCGCUUGCUGUCGGGCCCAGAUCCUUUGUCCAUUGCUGAAAAAGACCGUGCCUGGCAUGUACCUGAGGAGCUUGAUCUUCGCUCUAUGCAGGAAGCAUGCAGAGUUCUUGUUGGACCUCAUGAUUUCAGCUCCUUCAGGGCAUCUGGUUGCCAGGCAAAGUCACCUAUGAGAACUUUAGAUGAACUAAAUGUGACUGAAGUACCAUCAACUCCAUAUUUUCCAUCUAUCACAGAAAGGUCAUUCAGUAACCUAAACAAUGGAGAUCCUCUCACAUGUUCAAGUCAACCCAAGACUGAGAAUGCUACAAAUGCCGGCGAAGUUGCGGGGUCUACAGAUGGUGAUACUUUUGGAAUGAGAAGACGGCACCGUUGCUACGUAGUAACAGCCCGUGCCCGCGCUUUUCUAUACCACCAGGUGCGGUUGCUUGUAGGAGCACUGAAAUGCGUAGGCACUGGAGAAUUGACGGUACCAGAAGUUGAACGGAUCCUGGAGGCGAAGACAGUGACUGCAGCCAAACCCAUGGCUCCUGCUGCUGGUCUGUAUCUUGGUCAUGUCAAAUAUGAAUUUCCAUGA